AGUUGACUUCACUUGACAAGUUUGAUUUCUAUAUGUAAACAGCAAAACACGAUAAAUCAGGAAAUCAAUUCUAUUCGAUAGUAGUUUAUUGACUUAAAAAGCUAGUGAUACUCUGAAAAGACAUUCGAAAUGUUUUUGUAUUAGAAAUUUUUUUUUGACAAGUAGUAUAAAUAAUGGACCAACCUCUGUCGUCAAAAUUAUCAUCCUUAGGCUUAAUUUCUCAAUGCAAAUUAAAAGAUAUUUUGUCUUCGUGUGGUGAUAAGAAAGAUUUGAUUAUAGAUCCUACACUUAUAAAGCCUUUGGAACGGAUUUGUGGCGUAAAUUGGCUCAGGCAGCAUGGAAUUGACAAAAUAUAUAAAAUGGAGCCACAACUGGGGCCUACGGCAAACACAAACAGAGUGUACUUAAUUCCGGCUUGUAUUCAAAAAUACAAAUGUGUCCUGGACCAGAUCUCUUCCUUACUCAGCCAAAACUCAGACCUGGCUGAAAAGAAGUGUUUCCACAUAAUAAUUGUACCUAAAGUCCUCACAACAUACUACUCUGUACUAGAAAGUAAGGGAUUGUAUGGGAUAGUGAAGCUUCACACCUUCUCAUGGGAGUUAAUGGCUUUAGAUGAACAACUUUUGAGUCUCGAACUACCAUUUCUUUUCAAACAGCUCUUUGUUGAACAAAAUCACUCAUUAUUGUCAAGUAUUUCCAUGUCUCUGUGGACUUUAUUCCAUGUGACUGGCAAACCAGAUGCAAUUUUUUCUGUUGGAAAAUUAUCUAGCCGAGUUUUAGAUAUGCUAGAGGUAUAUAACGAAACUUAUACCAGAGAUUUUCUUGACAAAAACCAUUCUAAGGAGAUCGGAGCUCUAAUUGUUAUUGAUAGAAACCAGGACUAUGCUUCUAGUUUACUCACACCAGCUACUUACAGUGGCCUGCUCAGUGAACUAUUCAAUAUUAACUGUGGAUAUUUGGAUUUAAAUGUCAAAGAAACUAAAAUAAAGAAAGGAAAAUUAAACUUUGGUAUAACAGAAAAAAGUGAACCUUCGAAAAAUACAAUGAUGACAUUAGACAGCUCAAUUGACACUUUAUAUGGUGAAAUAAAACACAGACACUUCUCUGAAGUGCUAAGUGUUUUGAGUUCUAAAGCUAAACUACUCAAGAAUGAGGAUAUAAAAGCUUUAGGCAUACAAGAAAUAAAGCAUUUUGUUGCAACAAAACUCCAGCAAGUGUCACUCUUCAAGCAGAAUCUCGUUAACCAUGUCCUUGCUUGUGAAACAAUUAUAUCAGAAAUGAGCAAUAAGUUUGAGAAUUUGAAACUGGCCGAAACUGAGAUGUUGAACAACAGAAACAAGAAAUCAAACUUCCAAUUUGUUGAUGAGAUAUUUGGAACAGACAUCCACAUUUACAACAGUUUGCGUCUCAUGUGCUUACUAAGCUUAACACAGUCAUUAACCUAUGAUGAAUUUAAUACUUUAGUUAGUAAAUAUUUGUUAGCUUUUGGGCACAAGUACUUGUAUGUUUUCAAUAAUCUCAUUAAUGCUGGCUUGUUAGUCCAGCCCUCUAGUCCAAAACUCUCUUUAAAUAUCUCUAAUCUUGGCAAUUUAAGUGAUAGGCUACCUAAAUGGCAGAAUGAGUUUCAGGUUUCUGCUAACAAGUUGAAGCAGCUUCCUUCCCAGCCUGACAGGGUAGGCAAGACUCCUAGUUACGUAUUCCAUGGAGGUUACGUACCUAUCGUGGCCAUUCUCUGCAAUGCUCUCUUAACAUCAGACACAUUAUCAGAAGUUCUAACAAAAUUAUCCGUUUUAUCAGAUUUGAGGGUAGGUGGAACUAUCCUAGACCGGUUAAAAGAUGGAAUGGAAACAUUGAAUGAAAAAUUAUCGAAUUUAAAACUGCAGUCUGACUUAGAAUUUGGUUGUAAGGAUGUAAAGAGCUUAGCCAAGGUUUUAAAGAGCGAUCCGAAUAUAGGCGGGUGUUUCCCCUUGAAACAAAAGACGGUGUUAGUGUAUGUGAUAGGCGGGGUGAACUAUGCGGAGAUAGCGGCGUGUGACGUCAUACAGACGAAUACGGGGAGUAAGAUAUAUGUCGCGAGUGACUGCAUAUCCAGUGGCGCGGACUUGAUGGCGGCUAAUACUUGAAUAAUAGUUACUUAAUAGAGAUGUAUUCUUGCUGCUAUGUAUGUUAUUCAUGGCAAAAUUGGCUUUGUUUGUGUCCUUUUUGUCCAUUUUACUUAUGAAUCAUGUCAGAGAGACAAAUAUUUCUAUCUGAAUAUUGCUCUCUAUUCUCUUUAUGUAAUAUUGGAUGAUGGUAAAUGAUAUUGCAAUUAAAAGUUAAUUCUAAAGGAAUUGCUUUUAAUGGCAGAGACUACACUACAUUCUAAAUAUGGUUAUGUUAAGAAAAUGUAUGAAAAAUCUACUUUUAAGCUUUAAUGUGUCAUAAUAAAAAUAAGGGUUAAGGGAAAUUAAAAUCUGAAUUUUAUUAAAAAUAUAACUUUAUUAUACAUAGAAACUUACAACAACUAUUAUAUCACAGAAUAUUGUUCAAUCAUUUACUCUGCAAAGAAUUUUAUGUAAAAUAUGAUUACUAUUUAUGUGAUACCUCGAAAACAAUAAAAUUGAUAAAUACA